AUGGAGACGCGCCAGUGGUCCAUCGUCACCGGAGGCAACCGGGGCUUGGGCUUCGAGGUGGCCAGGAGCCUGGUAGCAAGAGGCCGCCCCAUCAUCAUCGCCGUGCGCGACGAGGCCGCGGGCGACAGAGCCGCGGCCGAGCUGCGGGCCGUGGCGGGGGCGCGGGUGGAGGUGCUGCGGCUGGACGCCAGCAGCGGCGACAGCAUCGCGGCGUUUGCGGCCGAGGUGGGGGCGAGGUUUCCCGGCCAGAUCGACCUGCUGGUGAACAACGCGGGCAUCUUCAUUGACUCCUUCGACGCCCCCUCCCACGCGGCCACUGUCGCGACCAACACCGACGGCCCCGUGGACGUCACACUCGCGCUGCUGCCGCACCUGGCGCGGGGCGCGCGCGUCGUGAUGGUGGCGUCAGCCCUGGGCCAGCUGGGCGCGCUGAGCCCUGAUUACGCGGAUCCCAUCAGGGCCGCCGUCACCCUGGACGAGGUCAAAGCCGCCGCCCGCAGGUUUGACCCCGGCAGCCCCCUAUUGAAAAUCAACCCCCUGACGCCGUCGUACAGCGUGUCAAAAGCGGCACUUAUAAGGGCGGCCCAGAUCCUGGCGGAGGCCCCAGGCUUUGCGGCCAAGGGCAUCACUGUCGUGGCCGUCUGCCCCGGCUGGUGCCGCACUGACAUGAGCAAGGCCGCCGAGGAGAAGACCGGCGCGCAGGCCCCGCACACCGCGCAGCAGGGCGCGGCGUCGAUCUUGGCGGCGGCGCUCGAGACGGGCAGCAUUCCGAACAGCAGCUUCAGCCACGACGGUGCCCUGCUGGACUGGACGGCCAAGCCGGCGUUGUCGGUGACAGGAGAGGGGUGA